UUGAGCUCCGCCGGGCCUGAGCUUUCCGCCUCUGCCUGAUUUGUGCUGUUCUCCCUCUUGUCCGCCAUUCUCGCCACCAUGAGAGCUCUCCCCUCCUCUCCCUACUAUUGACAAACAGGACAGCACCGAUGCCGUCGCGGAUUGUGCCCCACUGUAGCCGGACAUUUGGGGAAUACCGUCGUCAACAUGCCGCCGGUGCCCUUUCAUCAGCUCAGCGAUGAGCCCCUUUACUGUGAAGCUGUGCACGACAAGGACGAAGAUGGCUUCUACUCAGGCUCCGAAGACGACCACUACGAGGGCCCCCUGCAUCGACGCCUGCAUAUCGAGAAGAAGGCUAUCGACUUCUUGUCUGGAAAUGUGCCGAUCUUGAUAUCUGCAGCCCUUCGCGGCCCCUUCGACAGGAAGCACUGGAACAACCCAUGGAGGUCAACGCGAGCCGAUCCAUGCAAGGAUCAGCCCACACAUCCGAGACAGACUGCUGUCUCCGAAGAGGACCUCCCUGAUACCCAGGGCACGAGUCUAUAUCCCUUGCCAAGCCCUGAGACCACGAAUCCACCAUCGGCAAAGAAGAACCCGUACAUGGACGAACAAGACUACAGUCGUGUCAAGAAUUGGAGAGCAGCAGUUAAGAGCACAUCUGCCUCAAAGGAUCCAUUCUGGCAGUCACAUGAGGACGACAAGGAUGAAAAGUUUACUGCGAGGAAGAGGUCUGCAGAUUCGACUUGGUUGCACAAACGAGAUCGGAAGAAGCCAAGGUCUGCCAACAAUCGAACUUCUAGUCCGGAUGACUUUCCAAGUCGUGGCGUAUCCCGACCCAAAGGUCUCCAGACUCGUCAGCGACAUGCCUCUCAGAUGGUCGCUCAAUUCCUGCGGAAUUCAUCUCCGCCGGACGACGAGCUUGCAGCAGAUGACCAUACAAGGCCAUCUAGUUCAAAUACUCCACCAAUGGCAAAGAAGCCCAUGGCAAUGACGCCCCAUGGGGCGAAAUGGCUCUUUUAUGCCUAUGAUAACUCUGACGACGAGUUGUCUCUGCCGGCCACUACGCCUACUUCCACAGCUAGAUACACUUCUGCCAUGGUCUCGGCAUCCCGGAUGAGGAAUCGGUCGCCCACUCGGCGGAUCAAGGCCACCAUGAGCAAAUCUCGACCGAUGAAAAAGCGCAGCACUUCGUCAAGUGCGCGAGCGAAGCCCAGGAAGCUACAGGCAGCUCAGUCAUCGCCCAGUCGAGGUUCGGAUCAUGAUGGGAGCGGAGCAGGUUCUCAUGUUGCAGCAUUCGAUAGCAUGGAUGUAAGCCCCCGAAACUGGGCCACCAAGCAGUCAGAGUCACCACUGGAUCAGCCUCUUCCAAAUACGUCGACCGUGGAAUCGAUGUUCUUACCCCAAAACUUGGCCGCUCAAUCUUCGGCCCAACAGGACAGCAGCUUUCUUUUUCACAAGAGAGCCAGAAUACCCACAGGUGCAAAUGAGCAUGGGAUAUCAAUCAGCGUUUCCAAGGGGAAGGCUGCGCUGAAUCAAUCUGCACUACAGCUCAAUUCAACCAAGAUGGAUGAGCAACAAGAUCAGUCCGCCCCUGGUGACGACCAGGCUGCGCCCAUUGGUUUCGGUCCAACAAUUGUGACGGGAAAGAACUCUCAAGUGAAUCAAAUUUUCUCAACCGAGCUCUCGAGAAUGUGCAGAGAUCCAGCUUUGUCACCAGCCGUGGACCAAGGCAGCGCGUCAAGUCAAAACCAGCCAGAUCAGCAGAACCAACCUACGGACGAGCACAAGGUGAAUGAUGAGGCAAAGAUGGCGGUUGAAUCCAUCGCGAAGGUUGAGCCUGAUGCUGGAACUGAUUCGGCAAAAGUGGUGCAGCUCGCAAUUGCGAGUGAGCCCUGGGGACUUGAACAACCUCGGUCCUUUCCGCAGGGGGAUGGCUGUUCCCAGUCGGACUCGGAAUGGUCGACCUAUCUCGACACUGAAGACCGGAUUCCAGUCUCUGCCUCGGAACAAGAUACCAUGAAGAAGUCGGAUAGUAUGUUGAUUGUAGAAUAUGGCGUGGACGGCUCAUCCGAUCCGGAAUGGUCAACUUCUGUCAACACACAAGACAUAACAGCUGUCAUUGCGAACCUGGAAGCAGCCGUCGGCCCCGAAGAAGCGGCACAUCAGCAGAUAGGUUCUGACAGGUCAGCACUUACCAAUGCAAAGUGUCUGCCACCUGUCACUCUCGACGCAGCUGGCACGCCCUACCAAAAGGUCAAAAGCACGCCCGUCGGCAUGUGCUCUACAGGCCUCGUUGGUCACACCAACGAACCUCCCGAAGAUUCAGCUACAAGAAGUUUUCCCGAAGAUCAAAUGCACACCCAAGCUAGUGUGGGAUCCAUCAUUGAUGCAUAUGCUGAGUUCGGCGUCCUGUCGCACAGUUCCGAGCCGACGACUACGGAGAAUCCUGCUGAGCAGCUGGAAACAGAAGCAGAGGUGUCCGCCUUCCCCUGCCCCCUGUCAAAUCAAAUCACCACCGUCUCGGCGGAUGGAUUUGAAGUGCAUAAUGAGAUUUUAGCCAGCGAAGAACCGCAACAGCUUCAAGCAGCACUCGAGAAGUCGGACGACGCAAAGUGCUCGUUGGGUUUGAUUUGCGGUCCGACCAAGUCUGAUGAAAAUCCCAUUUUUGAGGAUACACGUUAUGUUGAGAACCUCUCAGUCCCUAUCCUGCAGACCUUGAGCGCAGCAAAAGAACCUGCAAGCAGAAGCGAUGGCUCUAGCUCUCUGGACGAGCCGACCAUCGCCCCUGAAGAACUGCAAAUUCAAGAUCCAUGGGGACAGGUAGCAACAAGCCCUUUGCGGGUGGCACCCCCGGCUCCAAGCAACGAGACAAGACCAGGUUUUCAUUCUGAUGGCCUGGGCGAGGCAGCAGCAGAUAUUCAAAGCCCAUGGAAUGACAAGGCUGACUUAGCCUCGCCAUUGUUUGUCCCACUAACGACCUUAACCAACACCGCCGGAAGCACACCCGAUUUGAGCAUACUCGCGGGUAAAGCACUGGCAAUAUCUCAGCAACCACAGAGUCCUUGGGAGCCGAAGACACCUGCAGCACCAAAUCCUCCAGCUCAGGACUUUGGCAUGUCCAUCAGAGCGUUUUCGGAUUUUAUGUCGCCUUCGCCGGUGAAAAAGCGAGCGGCAUUCAACACAAAAUUCUCCGGGCCUUCGAGUGUAAAGCCCGGCAUACUCUUCAAAACACCUGGGCAGCCCAAAGCAGAUCGCCGAGUGCACUUCGCGCCGCUUCCUGGCGAACAAGAGAUGUGCUUCACUGAUUUUGAACUGGAUGAAAGUAUCGCUAUCUAUGAUGAACAGGAAGUCUCCUAUUUCGACCCAUCAGGCAACAAGACUGGCACGAUGCGGAUGCCGAAGCUGACGACGAGGGCGACUUCUCCACCUCCUAUGGAGAUGAUUUCCGUGGAAGCUGGGGGACUCCCUGAUUACGACCAGAAAUUCGCGAAACACUUCGAGGCGAUGUCAAAGCGCAAGAACCCAAGCCGGAGAUCUUUGAGGCUGCUUCCUUUGGAGUCUCAACCAACAGUGACUGCCAGCCCGGAAGUUGGUGCUAUGGCAGAGGCUUUUAUUCAAGCCUCACAGACCAGGAAGAGAGGCUUGGAGCUUGCUGCUGAGAAGGGAAACAAGGCCGAAUGCAGACCUGAAUUUGUGGGAAAGAACCCUGUCCCCGCGGCGAUGGUCAUGCUCGAGGACCAGGAGAAUGUGGAGCCGGUGGACGACGUGAGCUUGGUGCUUGAUAACCUGGACAAGUUCCUCGACAACACAUGGGGCAUUGAUAUGGGCACUGGAGAGAACCCUGCAGACGACGCCUGCAGCAAGCAGGAGAAGGAGACUGCUCUGAAUCAGGGCGCAGCACGGAAGGUCGAAGACCCGAUGUUUGAUUUGGAGGCAAAUGUCUGGGCCGAUUGAGCCCAAAUAUUCAGGCUGGAUUGCUCUGAUUGUGUGUUCUACAGGGCCCAUAGGUCAGUGAACUGGCGUCUGUAUUGACCGAUAUGAGUGAGCGUUGAUGGUCUCGUGGGAUCAUACAGAUUUUGAGCGUGCACUCUUGUUUGCUAUUAGCUGGAACGGAAGGGCGGAUGCCCAUAGAGCACGGCAAGGUUAUUGGAGUUUUUUUGGUAUGGUCGCUCACAUGGCAGCGCACGGAGUUGAUUUUACAGAGAUAUCCCAUCGCGCGUGCUUAUCAAAGUAGUGUACCUCGUCGCCUGUCACGGCAGAUGUACGAAGAAAUAGAACAGAAAGGCUUCUGGCCGCCAGGG